UCAGCUCAGGCUCUCGGUACCGCUGGGCUAGCUCACUGAACUCUCGUCCAUCGCCUCGGGGCCAGCAGACCAAGGGGAAGUACGUACCCGAUACCACCGCUGCUGUCAGCUAUCUACAGCUGCGAGCCCUUCCCUUCACCGCCAGUGGCGCCAGCAGACGCCCAAGCUCGAGGGGCCCAACGCGCUCAGCUAGUCGCCUGCUUGCGUCAUCCAGAUGUCCAUGACGCACUCGCUGUCGAUGCUGUCAUUGUUGAUCUCUGGCUGUAAACGCGUCGACGCGUCGCGUCGCGUCAGUCAUCCGGUCACGGGACGCUUACUGUCCUUCCGUCCUCCCGGCUUCUCGCAAUCCGUGGAUCGCCCCGAACCAGCUCGCGUUGCCAGAUACGCGCCCGCCAGCGGCAGGGGAACCGCGCGCUCGACGUCUCCUGCCGCCGUCUGCCGCGUCGGGACGAGGAUGAGGCGCCCCGCAUGCCCCCGCUUGUCGCUGCCUUCCCUCCCGCGCUCAAUUUUUCUCUCGCACGCCCCGCAUGCCUCCUCCCACCGCCUCCGUCCCGCAUUGGAAGGUCCCGUCCCGCUAGCAAUUUUUUCUUUCUCCGCAUGUCGCUGGUCGCCCGCGUGUUCGCUGCCCGCCCGCGUGUUGCCGUCCGCCGUCGCCUCGUUCCAUGCCCUGCGCCCUGCGUACCUGCCCAUCGAUGGUCGUCCGGCCACCUAUUACGCGCGCGGCUUUCCUUGCGACGGCGAUUAUGUGUAAUCGCCCGCCACCGACACGGUUAUCGACUGCUGUGAUCCCAUCCAUCUGCAUGCAAACUCUCCGUCUGCGUGCUGGAUCCCAUCUGCGCGCUUGAGGGGAGGUCCAUGUGCGAUGGGAACUUUCAUCUCUGGUCUUGCCCGGACAUCGGCGUGCCGCUCUCUCGUCCCCAUCGAGCCUCUCGUCCUCAUCGAGGUCCCCCGUGUUUGCUCAUCAGCCCUGUUGUUUCCGGUCCUAGCUCUGACGCUGACAACCUCUGCAACCCUGCGCCC